ACAACCACAUGAUCGUCGUAAUGGAAUCCCACUCUCCAUUAGAGCUUCUUUCAGCUCAGCUGAAGAUACUGGUCUCUGAUACAGUCAAAUACACCCUCCUUGGCCUCUCUGUCAGCCUACUCUUGCUGGCUCUGGGGAUCCUGUGCUGGCAGACCAUUAGGUACUGCAAGCAAACCAAGAAUAACAGAGGUACUCGUCAAACAAGAGUAAACAGUCUGUUGUUGUACACAGAUGAAAGGCCGUCAAUGGCAGUGUUGUACUCCAGACCUCCACAUACCAAGGUGGAGGACAUCUGCUUGGAGGGCCACAGGGUGAAUCACUAUCUAUCUCCAUCCUCAGACUCCAGUCAGACGGAGGGAGAAGUUGAUGAGAAAGUCAGCAUUAAAAAGCUGGAAGGCUCUCUGCGUUUCUCUCUCUACUAUGACCAGAUGCAGUCUCGUCUAGUGGUCACAAUUUUGCAGGUAAAAAGACUUCAGGAACACACAGAGUCGUGCAGCCAGCAGUCAUUUGUGAAAGUACGAUUAAUGAGAGCAGAGUCACACCGAUUGAACCUGGAGGAUAAUUGGGACAAAGAGGAGAAAGGGAAGAUUCUAUGGACAGUUCUGCAGGAGUGGAAGACACAAAUUAUUAGGAGCGGCAGUAAUCCUUUACUUGGAGAUCAGUUCAGCUGUGCUCUGCAACAACAAGAAGACAUGCUUCAUCACACCAAUCUGAGGAUGGAGGUGUGGGAUUUUGACACAUUUUCCAGGAACACAAUAUUGGGAGAGGUUAGGGUUCAGCUGGGGCAGUUAAAAAUCUCUCAACCCUUGGAGCUACAGGAGGAGCUGCAGAUACCACAGAAGGACCUUGUUGGAGAGGUGUUGCUGUCACUGAAGUUUCUUCCCACUUCUCAGAGGUUGGAGGUUGGUCUGCUAAAGGUCAGAACUGUCCCUGCUGAGACUCAUUCAGACACUGCCUUGUACGCCAGAAUCAGCAUUCAGUGCAAUCAGUACAGACUAAGGUAUCAGAAAACCUCUGCUGUGUCCCGAUGCCUGAUGACAAUCUUCAAUGAGGUGUUUAUUUUCUCCCUGCCUGAAUUUCCUCUGGAACGGUGUAAAAUUACAGUCUCUGUUUAUGAGACUCGGAAAACAAACAAACACCUCAUUGGACAGUUGACUGUCGGAAAGGAGAAAAGUUCAGAAGACAAGCACUGGAACUUGAUGAUGUGCUCAGUGCGCCAACCUGUUGCAAAGUGGCAUGGCCUGAUGAUCUGAGCAUCAGAGGCGACAGCACAUCUGUUACAUUUUUGCAUGGAUACCAAGAGUUUGUUGUUUAUGUAUCACCAAACAUUGACCUUCACAUCUCCACCAAACUUCAAGAAACUAUUGUGCAAUUUUAAUGUUAACG